CGCCUAAUUGAUAAGACAAAAGUGACGUGCCUGAAGUGGCUGCCGUCGUCACCGAACCUGUUCCUGGCCGCCCAUGCUUCUGGGCAUCUGUAUUUGUACAACGAGGAGUUGCCGUGCACGCCAACAGCGCCCAACUAUCAGCAGUUCAAGAUGGGCGAGGGCUUUGUCAUCUACACGUGCAAGUCCAAGUCGACGCGCAAUCCGCUGUACAAGUGGUCAUUUGGCACGGACAAUGGCAGCAUCAAUGAGAUCAGCUUCUCGCCGUGCGGCAGCAAUUUGGCCAUUGUGUCGCAGGACGGCUUCCUGCGGGUCUUCCACUAUGACACGAUGGAGUUGCUGGGCAUCGCGCGAUCGUACUUCGGGGGAUUCCUGUGUGUGUGCUGGAGUCCGGAUGGGAAGUACAUUGUGGUGGGCGGAGAGGAUGAUCUCGUGACGGUGUGGUCGAUGCAGGAGAGGCGAGUUGUGGCGCGUGGGCAGGGCCACAGAUCAUGGGUGUCCGUGGUGGCAUUUGAUCCCUACACCACGAGCUACUCGCACUGGGACGGCCCGGACUUCUCGGACGAUGAGAAUCCCAUCAAUGAUGGGGGCUUCAGAAACUACAGUGGCGAUGAUAAUGACGCGGCACGACGGCCACCGUCCAGCGCCACGGCGGCGGAUAAGAUGGCCACGAGCUAUCGCUUGGGAUCCGUGAGUCAGGAUACGCAACUGUGUCUGUGGGACAUCACGGAGGAUGUGCUGCGACAGCCGGUGGGCAUUCGGCAUCGGCUCAGCUCGCACGAUCCGCAGCAGAAUCUCGUGAAUGGCGAGGCGGAGCGCAAGGGUGCCUCAUCGUCAGCCUCUGGCUCUUCUGUGUCCUCAACAAGUGCCGCCAUGUCCACAGUGUCGAGCGGAGCGUCCCGGGAUGUGGACAAUCCACGCCCGGCGGCGGCGGCCAGUGGGAAGAUUGCCAACUCUGUGGCGAGUGACAGUGCGCCAGUGGCCACGAACAGUGAUAGUAAACAUUGGAACAGCGUGAGUGGGAAGAGUGGCAAGAGUGUGAGUGUGAUUGGGAAUUGUGUGGGCAAUAGUGUUAAGUCAACGGACUCGCCGGACUCAAAGAACGGCAGCAGCAAAUCCUCCGACGGCAUGUCGGCCUUCAACACCCUCACGCAGAGGCUGUCACAUCUGGGCUUCGGCAGUGACAAGGCGUCGAGUCAUCAUCAUGGCAAGAAGACAUUCAGUCUGUCCAAAUCCAGUGCGAAUCAUCACUUUGUGCACAACAACAACAGCGCCAGCAGUCCAGGUGAUUCCGCCAGCAUUGCCACGAGUGGGAAGACGAGAUCUGGCGGCGGCGGCGCUGCGAUGGUUCAGGUGGCGACGAAUGGGAAUGGCGCAGCCGAUGGCGAUGGCAGCAGUGGCGGAAGCAGUGUUGUGGCCACUUAUGAUCCAAUGAAGUUGAUUGGCACGUCGGCGUGUCCGCGCUUCGAUGAGUGUCCCGUGCUGGAGCCGCUUGUGUGCAAGAAGAUCGCCCAUGAAAGACUGACAGCGCUCAUUUUCCGCGAAGAUUGCUUCCUCACAGCGUGCCAGGAUGGGAUUAUCUAUACGUGGGCGAGGCCAGGAUUUGCGAAUGCUCCUCAGCACGCCGGCUCGAGUCCAUCGGCGCCUCCCGGCGGAACAGUGGUUUAAUACAGUGAAAACCAUGUUUAGGAAAAACAAUGUCUUGACGCAGUUUCACCGCGCGCGGAAGAACUCCAGAUCGUGUGGAGUGUCGAAACAAAAAUGGGCCUAUGAAUAAAAUUCUCAUGCAAAUGGAAAAAAGUGAGAGAAAAGCAGGAAAACUCUGUGUCUUCUGGAGGAUCUGAUAUGAGAAAAGAUGAAGAAAAGAAAAAAAGCACGGAAUGGAAAGAGCAGUAAAUUAAAAUAUAAGAUUUCUGAAGUGAAACUGAUUUAUAGGAUAUUAUAUUGAGUGGAAAGAAUGGGGAAGAGAAAAGAAGAAGAAAAAACCUUUCAAAGUAUGAUGAAGGAAAAAAAAACAUGAAAAAUAUUAGUAGCAAAAAUUUUACACACCAAAGAUAACAAAUCUUGUAAUUACUAAUUAUUCUAUUUGAGGAAAGAGAGAGAGAGAGAGAGUGAGUUUUCAGAGCAACAAGAGUGCGUGAGUGUGUGAGAGAGAGAGAAAUAUUUAAUUUUUACAAUUACAUUAGUUUCUAAGAAGUAAUUUUAUUUCAUUUGAAUGUCUGACCAUUUGAUUUUCUCACGGUAGUUUUUAGUGAAAGCCUGAAGAAAAGUGGUGAGAGCUUUUGUUAGCGCAAGAAUUGUUUUAUAUUUCUUCAGCUUCUAUUGUCAACUCUUUUCUUAAUAUUAUAUUAUAUAGAGAGAGAGAGAGAAAUUAUUACACUUUCCUUUCCACAUUGAUAAACAAAAAAAGAGGCGAUUUUUUUCUAUAAUAGGCAAAUUGUUUAAGCAUAUUUGUAAUUUCCAAUGGCCACAAACUUGCGAACAAAUCCACAACAUUUAUUUUCUUGUAUUUUAAAAUAUAUUUUAUAAAUUUAUUUUAGCAAAUAUACAUUUAAUUAACUGUGAUUUAUUCUUACCUGCUUUUAUUGCAAAAAAAAAGAAGAAAAGAAAACCACAAUUUUCUAUUCACAUAAUUUCUUUUUUCUUCAUUUCUUUGAGCCUGAAUCUUUGAACGUGACGUAAAAGAAGAAGAAAAAGAACACAAAUCUGUCCAUCAAACGAGGAGAAGAAGAAGAAAAGAAAAACAUAUUCUGUACAAUUAAAUAAAGGAAAAAAAAUUCUUUCUUGUAACAUUCCGAAAUCACUUAAAGUAGCGUGAAAAAGUAGUUGAGAAGAGAGAGAGAGAAAAAAAACAUUAUAAGCAAAUUUAACAUGAAAACAAGAAACGAUUCUUCUCUCAUCAUGAAAAAAUACUAAAGAAAAAAUGAAUAUUUUUAGGGAAAAAUAAGCAAAAUAAUUGUGAAGUGGAAUGAAGGAAGGAAAAGAGGUGAAAAACGCUGAGAAACUGAUAUAUUUUGAAUAAAUUAGCAAUUUUAAUGUUGUUACGUGCUGUUGUGAAAGUUUAUUUGAACCAGAAGAUGGUGAAGAAGAAGAUGAGGAAAAACUAUUGACGAGAACAAUCUGAGAAAUGUAACAGAAAAGCAAAUUAACAAAAUACAAAAGAAGAGAAACAAUGAGUAACAUUUUUGCAUUAUUAUCGAAAAAUAUAUUUUUCUUUUUCUCGUUUUUCUGUAAAGUCAGUGAACAAAAAAAAACAACAGUUGAAGUUUUUUAGGUGGAAAAAGAGAUGAGAAAAAACGCAAGUUAAAAAGAAAAGUAAUAAAGAUAGAUAAAAAAUAUUACUGUAAAACUUAUAACUAAAUAACACAUGAAUAGAAUAUUUAAAGUUUUUAAUUUUAAUAGAGUUACUAAAAAACAAGGAGAAGAAGAAAAAGAAAACUAUAGAGCAAAAGUAAGGCGCAGAUGAAAAAAAAAAUUCUACGAGAGGAAAAUUCAUUUCAAUCUGAGAGAAUUCUAGCAACACAAUUUUUUUCAAAAAAUAUGUUGUCUCCGGACGAGAUGAGAGGAGGAAUAACAAUAGCAAAGAGAAUCAAAAGCAGAAGAUGAGGAAGAAGAGUGACAAAUGGUGAGGAGAAAGAAAAUGUAAUUGUUGCGGAAAUUGAGCAUUUCUAUAUUGAUUUUCCACAUGCAAUUGUGUGCGAAAAGCCAUUUUGGAGUUGAAGUAAUUUUUUUGUGUGUAAAAGUGCACAUUUUUUGCUGAUAAAACUAAAAAAAAAUUGAAAAUGAUUUGAAAAAUAAUAUAUUGAGGAAACAUUUUUAAUACAUAUCCAUUUGUGAGAAGAACAUGAGAAGAAAUUUCUAAAUUAAAUUAUUAAUUUAUUGUGUGUAUAACAGAGAAUUGGAGGAUUUUCAAUAUAUAUAUAUUGGUUGGAGAAAUUUUUUUUUUCGAUUUUUGAGAACGAGAGUGAAAUAGUAAAAAAAAAAUGUUUGCCAUUUUUGUAAAUAGAAAAGUAAUAUUUGAAGAAGAUGA